AUGCUGCCCUCGGACCCCUGGAUUCAGGGAAGGUUCGGGGGCCGGUUCUUGAGGCCCAACGGGGGUUAUAAGAGCAACAAGAAAACAGAGUACCUGCCAUCCAGUGGCUUCCAGAAGUUUCUGGUCCACAACAUCGAGGAGCUGAAAGUAACAAUGAUGCUGGUGUGCAACAGAGCUUACUGUGAGUGUCCCAGCCCGGGGCGCGGCGGCGCCGCCAAGCGGAAGAAGAAGCAGCGGCGGAACCGCACCACGUUCAACAGCAGCCAGCUGCAGGCGCUGGAGCGCGUGUUCGAGCGCACGCACUACCCCGACGCCUUCGUGCGCGAGGAGCUGGCCCGGCGCGUCAACCUCAGCGAGGCGCGUGUGCAGGUCUGGUUUCAGAACCGCCGGGCCAAGUUCCGCCGAAACGAGAGGGCCAUGCUGGCCAACCGCUCCGCCUCGCUGCUCAAGUCGUACAGCCAGGAGGCCGCCAUCGAGCAGCCCGUGGCUCCCCGGCCCACAGCCCUGAGUCCCGAUUAUCUUUCCUGGACCGCCUCGUCCCCCUACAGCACGGUGCCGCCCUACAGCCCUGGAGGCUCAGGCCCUGCGACCCCGGGAGUCAACAUGGCCAACAGUAUCGCUAGCCUCCGUCUCAAGGCCAAGGAGUUCAGCCUGCACCACAGCCAGGUGCCCACAGUGAACUGACGGCCGGCCCCCCAGGACCCCACUGCCUCCCCGGUCUAACAACGGCAAAGAGAGCAGACAUGAAAGUGACCUUCUCCUGUCCGCUGUCCCCAGGACAGGCUGCUUGGGCUCUCCUGGCCCCUCUCUCCAGUCCGGACUCCUGGGCCCAAGAGGCUGCUGAGAUGCCGGGAGCCCCUUGUCUACAGCCGUGGGAGACUUUGGCCCAUGACCCCUUUGGAGGGGUUGAGCCAGAGGCGCAGGAGCCCACCAAGGACUGCAUUUAUUUUGUGUAUUAAAACCGAAAAGCUUUUGUCUUCAAGAAAUAAAAAAAAAAUUUUAAGCCCCAAAAAGUUUGAGGGAGGGCGGAUAAGGGCAGCGAAGCA